AUGGGUCCCUUUAACUCAACAAAGCUGGGAGAAGAGGCUCAACAUAGUGAGUUAUCCUCUGACCCAGAGCAAACAGCUCAGGAUUUACCCAUAAAUUGGUCAUGGCUUCGCAAACACCUUAUUUUGCUGCAAUGUGGCUUUCAUGCUGCCGGCCCAGGAUUUACCAGUGCUGUCCUUAUCCCUGGAGUCCAUGAGAUGGCUGAACAAUACGACGUUUCUCCUCAAAUGGCGACGUACCUCAUAGGCGUCCACGUCCUCUUUCUGGGUGUGGGCCCUUUCCUUUGGAACCCAUUGAUGAGUAUGUAUGGACGUCGACCGGUGCUGAUUGCGAGUAUGUUGUUAUCAUGCCUUGCCGCUCUGGGCGGGGGAUUCGCGAAGACCUACGGUACAUUGAUGACGGCGAGAGUGUUUCAGUCUAUUGGUAUUUCGUCCGGUUUUGUCGUGCCUGGGGUCAUUGUCGUCGAACUUUUCAGCCCCGAAGAACGAGGGAGUAAGAACGGUAUUUGGACGCAAAUGGUGGCCAUAGGAGCACCCUUGGGCGGAAUAAUAGGCGGACCUGUGGUCUACUAUCUGGGUUGGCAGUGGACGAUGUGGCUCAUUGCUAUCAUCAACGGUUCCCAGUUUCUCGGCUUCAUGCUCACCUGUCCGGAGACCUCGUACCGGCAUCGACAGAACUCUGGGUUUGACACAUACCGACCUUCGGAGCUGGUGUGUCUCCCGAAACGGCUCCCCAACCAGCUGAGCAUAAGAACACUCAUCGAGCCCAUCCUUCUCCUACAAAGCCCGCACUUGGCUCUGAUUGCCCUGGCCUACGGGGUCACGUUUGCAAUAACGUCUCCUGGUAUUUCCGUUAUCCUACCCCUUGCGUUGAAGGAGCUUUAUGGAUUCGGUGCGAUCGCACAGGGACUAUUCUUCAUUGGGCCCCUAGUCGGAGUAUUGUUGGGUGAGCGGCUGGGUGGUCCUGGGUGUGACUGGGCCAUGAACCGGGAACGUCGCCGGGCUGCCACCCAUAACGACCGAGAGCGUCUGGAAUCUCGCCUCUUUGUGGGAUUGCCGGGUUAUGUGAUGGUCAUCAUCGGCGUGGUGGUUUUUGGCGUUACGCUGCAGAACCGCACCCAUUGGAUCGCGCCUUGCAUUGGGUUCGCCGUUUCUAAUUUUGGAUUGCAGCUGGUUACAACACCUCUGAAAACUUACUGUGUCGACUGCUACCCGUCCCAUUCGCCAUCAGUGCUCCAGCUGAUCAAUAUCAUCCGCCAGACUGUGUCCUUCACUGUGCCUUUCUGGAGCCCGAACCUAAAUGAGACUGUUGGUUACGGACUAGGCUUUGGGGUCGAGGCCCUCAUUCUAGUGUUUUUUUAUCUGUGCAGCUUGUUGGUCCUUUGGAAAGGUGCAGUCUGGAGACAGUCAGUCCAAGUGAAAGGGCUGAAUGACGACGGGCAGUCUUAG